CCAGGAGAUGGUGGUCUAACUCCGCUAAUCAGCAACCCCCAGUCCAGUGACCUUGCUUUGGUUUAUACAGCUGUUUUUGUGGCUCGUUUUUAGCUAGAGGAGGUCACUUAUGUUUCCAAACGGAGGCAGAUCGCAUCGACACAGGCAAUAACCAGCGCACGAGAGGAAUAUUCAGUAUUUGAAGCCAAUCUGCGUGUUCCAUGGGCAGCGGCAGCAGCAGUCUCUACAGUGCACUGGCCAAGAGCAUCAGCAGAUCUCCUCUCCCUCACUCCUGUGGCUCUACGUACAGUCCCGGUGACAAUCUGAAUCUGGAUCAGGACCCGGCCGACCCGCUGGAGCUGCUGCAGGAAUGUAGAGAGGCUCUGAGAGAGCGGCCAGCUCAUCUGAAGAGAGCUUUCGUUCAGACAGGACAUGGAGACGCAAGGAGGACCAUCAGAGUCAUGCAGUGGAAUGUACUCGCACAAGCACUAGGUGAGGGCAUGGACAAUUUCGUGCAGUGCCCCUUGGAUGCUCUGAACUGGCCUGAGCGGAAGUACAUGAUCCUGGAGGAGAUCCUGACCUACAAACCGGACAUCCUCUGCCUUCAGGAAGUCGAUCACUAUUUUGACAUGUUCCAGCCCGUUCUCGCAACCCUGGGCUACCAGAGCAGCUUUUGCCCCAAACCAUGGUCUCCAUGUCUCGAUGUAGAAAACAACAACGGCCCUGAUGGCUGCGCUCUGUUCUUCAAUCACAAACGCUUCCAGUUAGUAAACACAACUCACCUGCGACUGUCCGCCAUGAUGCUUAAAACCAAUCAGGUGGCAAUCGUCGCUGCUUUGCGUUGUCGAUCAACAGGUCGAGUCUUCUGUGUCGGAGUCACGCAUCUGAAAGCCAGGAGCGGUUGGGAAGUCUUACGAAGCGCGCAGGGUUCAGAUCUGCUGCGAAACCUGCGGAACAUUACACAGAAAAUCGAAACAGAGGAAAACGCUGAGUCAGCCAUUCCUCUGAUAGUAUGCGGCGAUUUUAAUGCCGAGCCAUCAGAAGACGUCUAUAGGAAUUUCGCAACAUCUAGUCUGGGAUUGGACAGCGCGUAUAAGCUUUUGAGUACAGAUGGGAAAACUGAGCCACCAUACACAACGUGGAAGAUCCGACCCAGUGGCGAGAGUUGCCACACACUGGAUUACGUUUGGUAUUCGCACCGAGCAUUUGACGUUAAUGCCGUUCUAGACUUUCCUACAGCUGAACAAAUCGGACCUAAUAGGCUGCCAUCAUAUAACUACCCUUCAGAUCACCUUUCGCUUGUCUGUGACUUCUGCUUUACGGAUCCAGUUAAUUAGUUGAAUUCAGAUUUGCUAGUUAUCUUUCAAAGCAAUGCAGUUGCAUGGCAGUUCGUAACUUAAAAAUAAUAAUAAUUUAAUGGCAAAAUUCAUACAAUCUCAUUCGUACGUUUUAGUAUGAUUUGGAUAUGCCCUCAGUGCUGGUUAUGGUUAAGGGGUGGGCUUUCUUUUGAAAAAUCAUACAUUUUAGUAUGACACUGUGCAAUUUUGUAUGAAUUCACGUUUUUUUUUUUUGUUUUUUUUAUCAUUAAAUAGUUAUGUUUUGCCAUGGAAUCAGACUCUGGAAGACAUUUCUGACAAGACUUCAUUUGGCACAUUUCUGAAACCAAUCUCAUGGCAAAAAAAUACAUGUGUUGGUGGAUUAGUUACUUAUUUUGACACCCUGGUCAGUGUUUAGGGGUGAAGUUUGGGGCCUUCAUGCUUGUGAAAAGAUCUUUGUUAAUAUACGUAAAUGUAUGAGCUAAUGUGAACUAACAAUACUCAAAUUCAACAUCUGAUAAUCCUGCAAAAUGUUCAUUAAUAAAAUACUCUUGUUAGUUUGCAGUACAUUCAUAUUAACAUUUAACUUUUGAUUUUAAAAAUGUAUUACUAAAAUUUUGUAUUAAUAUAUUAACAAAUUAUGCAGUUCAUUAGUGUCUGUUACCAACCAAUGCAGACAAAUGGAGGAAGUGUUUCUGAAAAUAUACAGAAUAAUGGAAUCUUCAUAAAACAUGAUUGUCUCAUAAAAGUAGUCUGGACAGAAAGAUUUACAAAUAAUAAUUGAAUUGGUCUGUUUCUUGCACAGCUAAAACUAUAUUAUGGCUUCAGAAUUGAAAUCUAGUUGAAAUGUGUAAAAUGGCAUCUGUUUUUAUUGUAUUAACAAAAGCAGCUUGGAUAUUAAGUGAAAUGUCUUGCGUAAAUAAUAAAUAUAUACAACUCUAAAUGGAAAAGAUGAUAAGUAAUGAUGAUGACAGAAUGUUCAUUGUGUAAUGUGUUCUGUAGGUUCACUCACGCAAAUGUGUUACAACUUUAUUUCUAAAAUCUAUCAACCAAUUUUUUUUUUGUCUUUUUUUUUUUUUUUUUUUGUAAUAUGACCAGAGCUUUUAGACCAUUAAAAAUAGUUCCAGGUGUCAAAUUCCGCCUAAACGAGCGCACACAUGCACAAAUGAGAGAAGUCUUGUUUCACAAUAUUUUCCUUUGUGCAGCUGGUUUCACCAGUCUCUGAUCUAAAGGACACAUUUAAACUAUUAUUAUCCGUCAGCUGAGCUCCUCAUUUUAUAAUCAGAUUCAGACUUUUUUAGCUAAACAACAAAGUCAACAGAAAAUGCUGUUUCGCAGCUUUUAACAUCACUAUUCUUGUUAUUUAUUUAAAGUAGAGUUUUAUAAUGUUUGACCAAUAUGUCUCGGCAGGUUUCGAGAGGUUUUGUUGAAGAAGAGUUCCUGUGUGGAAAGUUUCUCAUCAGAUCGCACAACAAACGAAUAGCUGUCUAGUAUUCACGUCUCCCCCUAGUGGAUGAAUUUGUAACUGCACGCACAGAACCAAAACAAAUACUGUAACUUACGCGCUUCAGACUCUUGACGUACAAAAACAAUGAAUUAAUGUUUGUACAAUUCUUUUGAAAUCUCCCGACGAGCUCCUAAUGUUAGCAAAUAAAAUGUGCUCAAUUUUA